UGUAUAACCUUAAAACCUGAGAGAACAAAUUAAUUAAUACUAAGGAAGACACAAAAAAAACGUAAGUUAUUAAAAUAUCAAAAUGGGUUGCAUUGGUCUUGUGAAUUUAACAAGCAUCAACCCACAUCGGCUUAUCCUCACAAGAACAUCAAACAAAUCCUACAACUCAAGAAGACCAUCAUCCAUGGCUGCGAUUAGAGCCGAGUCUAUGGCUACUGAGAAAUUAGGCAUCACCAUUGAGAAGAAUCCACCUGAGUCCAAACUCACCCAACUCGGUGUUCGUAAUUGGCCCAAGUGGGGUUGUCCUCCAAGCAAGUUUCCAUGGACUUAUAGUUCUAAGGAGACUUGUUAUUUGCUAGAGGGAAAAGUGAAAGUGUAUCCUGAUGGAUCAGAAGAAGGUGUAGAGAUUGAAGCAGGCGACUUUGUUGUUUUCCCUAAGGGAAUGAGUUGUACUUGGGAUGUCUCUGUUGCUGUUGACAAACACUACCAAUUCGAGUGAGAAUGGCUCUCACUCUCAGUGUCUGCUCUGCAUAUUCGUGUGUAUGAUAAGACUUUGACAAUCCUUUUAUGUUGAUGGAUACUUAGUUUUAUCUGUCAUAUAUCAGUCUCUGCGUUUUUGGGAUCUGUUGCUUCGAUAUCUAAACAAAAUUUUGCCUA